AUAGGACUGUGCUGAAUGCAAUGCAAUUUUGCCCUGUGUUCCAUUAGCUUAACAGCCCAAAAGCAUGGCUACCGCGCUGGACUGUCAUCAGUUGUAUUGCUGCUGUGGCUUCCCUCUUUUUUCUCUCAUCAACGCAGACCAAUGGAUUUAUUAACCUUUGUUUUUAGCUUGUUAUAAUAAGCCCAUUGUGCAGUCACCAGCGACACCGAUAAUUAAUCUAUAUCGAUAGAGUGUUUAAAAAGGAUAUAGCCAUAAGGCAACACGUCGAGGGGAGGCUGGAAUUAUGAAGCGUUGUCACCAUGUCUAAAGCCACCGUGAAAAAGCUGCACUGGCGCUCAAAAGUGCAGGAGAGCUUUGUCCCCCUGGGCGGAGCCUCGGGGGAACUGGGCCUCGCCAUUGGCGGCGGGGCCGACUACGGCGAGUUCCCAUUCGUCACCGCAGCCCCUGGAGGUGGAGCCACCGUGGGUGACAUCAUCCUGGAGAUCGGCGGCACUCCCGUCCUGGGAAUGACCCUUGGAGAUGUGCGAGGGGUUCUCAAUUCCUGCCCGCAUCCCAUCCGCAUUAAGACCGUCUCCCCAGGCUCCACUCUGUGUAAGGACCUGAGGUUGUAUCUCAGUAAGUGUUUCACUCCAGGCUCAAUGGACAGUCAGCUCCAGCAAGUCAUCCGAGAAAACCUCUAUCUGCGGGCUGUUCCCUGCACCACGAGGCAGCCACGGGAUGGGGAGAUCUCGGGGGUAGACUACAACUUUGUCUCCAUCGAGGAGUUCUUCUCUCUGGAGGAGUCCGGCGCUCUUCUGGAGAGUGGCAAGUUCAAGGGCAACUACUACGGCACUCCCAGACCUGUCCACAUAGGUCCAGAGAGCCCCCCCAUCACAUAUCAGGAGCACCGUAACCUACUGAGAAACUUCCGGACUCGCAGCAAGUCUCUAAGCAACCUGGAGAAGGCUGUGGAGGAAGGAGAGAACAGCGAGGAAGACUCUGGACUGUCAGCAGGCUCUGCGGGCGCAAGCAGCGCACCCACCACCAUCCUGUCCCCCAACCAGACGUGGGACCCCAGCAGCAGGGAGGGCAGCGGCCCGGAGAACGGGGCCAGAGGGGGCGCGCUGCCCGAAAACUGGGAGAUGGCCUUCAGCGACUCAGGGGAGCCAUACUACAUAGAUCAUAACUCAAAGACAACCAGCUGGCUGGACCCCCGAGCGCAGAGCAAAGAGAUCGUCAGCAAGACCGAGUGUGAGUGUGAGUUGCCUGCGUUCACGGACCAGCCGUCGGAGCUGAAGGGCUACUCCAUCCACACGCGGCUGUCCAAGGGGCCAAGGGGUUUUGGCUUCAACAUCGUGGGUGGCAGCAGGCCCCGGGAGUUCCUGCAGGUGUACAGUGUCACACCUGGUGGUCCACCUGCGCUGAAAACAGCGGACCUCCUGGUCUACAUCAACGACACAAGUGUGCUGGGCUUCUCCCACAAGGAGGUGGUGGAGAUGCUCAAGUCGGUGCCCAUGGGCCACAGCGUGGACGUAGUGGUGCGGCGUGGCUACCCCAUGCUCUACAAUCCCGACGGCUGUCCCAAGAACCCCCAGCAGCUGACCGCUCCUCCCCUGGACGCCGCCCAGCCCCAGAACCACCCGUCCGAGGCCCGUCACCACCACCACCACCACCACCAUCACCACCACCACCAGAUGGGCCCCCUGGGCAUGAGCCGCUCCCAGUCGCAGCACAACGGCAUCUACCCCAGGUCCCCGCUGGACGCCAACGGCAACGCAGAGAGCUACGGGGGUGUGGCGCCGCCCUCGUACGGUCUCACCAACGGCAACCCUCUCGGGGGACCCUCUGGACUGCAGCACGGGGGUGCGGUGGGCCCCCCGCCUCCUGAACGCAUGUCGACCAGUCACAGCGACACCGAGGUGGCCUCAGUUGGUGGGAGUAAGAGAGGGUCACUGAUCCGCAACUACAACAACAACUCCCUCCCUGCUCCCAGGCUUCUUCACCAGAGCUCCAAGUCGUCCGAGAGUGACCUCUCCUCCUCGGCCACGCUGCCCAUCGCCAAGCUCCCGCUGCCCCAGCCCGACGUGGGCACCGCCGCCUCUUCGUCCUCCUCCGCCACCACACCGGGUGCGCCCAGCGCCAGCCAGCGCCCGCUCAUGCCCCAGACCUCACUGGUCGUGACGCCGCCCGCGGACGUGGCAACCACGUGCGGUUUCAACGGCUGCCCGGUCAACAGCCACCCCCGCGCCAACCCUGGCAGCCUGGCGUCUCCGGGAGCACCAGCAGCAGGGGCAGGGGGGGAGAUGGUGCCCGUGGCCCUGGGGAAGAGCGAGGGUGGGGGCAUGGGCUUCAGCGUGACAGCCGGGGGCCAGGGCGGGCAGCUGGCUGUGGUCAAGAGGGUGUGGGACAGGCGGCAGUGCCCCUCCCUGCAGGCAGGGGACGCUAUCAUCAAGAUCAACGGUGCCGAUGUCCAGAGCCUCAGCUUUGCACAGGUCCAGAGAGUGCUCCAGGAGCAUAUUGUUCAAGGAGAGGUGGUUCUGCUGGUUUACAGAGGAGGGCCUGGCUCUGCCAUCUCCCCUAACUUCUACAAGCGCAUGCCCCACACACACAGCUCGUCCUCGCUCCCACAGACCUCCCCGGACCUGCUCUCCCCGUCCUCGGACACCACGGCGCCCACGCCCAACGCCCUCUCGCCCACCUCCCCCUCCGCCGAGGCGCCCUCGUUGGUCCAGAGCACCAGCUUCCUGGACUCCAUCCCCGUGACCCUCACGCUGGAGCCGCGGGACUGGUUAGGGGACGAGGUGGGCAGCGCUGGCGGUGGCACUGGCGGUGCCACCUCUCGCUCUGCGUCGUCCGCGUCCACCCUGGGCGCGGUGUCCAAAGGCCAGCCGGCAGACGGGAGAGGCGGCCUCCUGUCCAAGGCCCUGGACGUGGAGCUCCGGAGGAGACCCGGCGAAGGCUUCGGCUUCGUCAUCGCUUCUCAGGAUGUGGUCAACGGAGCGUCCACCCUCCUGUCCCACCGGUUCGUGACGGUGCGUCGGGGCAGCCCUGCGGCACGGAGCGGUCAGAUCCAGCCGGGCGACGAGCUGGAGGCGGUGGAGGGACGCUCGGUGGUGUCGCUGCCUCACCGCGACCUCGCCCAGAUCCUGCGCCGUGCAGGAAACACCCUGCGCUUAACCAUCAUCCCCCGCUCCAACACGAACACCGCUAACCUGUCAGAGUAUGCAGACUUUGACACAGACCACAGGUCAAGGAAGGGUCACCGAGCCAGGUCGAAGCAAGACUCCAGGUUUUACAAUGUGGAUCUGGAGCGCGGCCCCACGGGCUUUGGCUUCAGCCUGCGGGGGGGCAGUGAGUACAACAUGGGCCUCUAUGUGCUGGGCCUCAUGGAGGGGGGCCCCGCCUCACGCAGCCAGAAGAUACAGGUGAGUGACCAGCUGGUUGAGAUCAAUGGGGACAGCACGACGGGGAUGACCCACAGCCAGGCGGUGGAGCAGAUACGCAAGGGGGGACACCGGAUACACCUGGUGCUCAAGAGGGGAAAUGGCUACGUGCCAGACUACGUGGAGCUGUCCAGCCUAUCUCUCUGUAUGACCAACUCCAAGCAGGACCGUGAAGUUGGAGCAGCCUCCCCCUCCUCCUCCGUGUUCACCGAGGAGCCGGGUGUGGCUGCAGUAGAUGAGUGGCACUUGCCGCCCGUGCCCAGGGAAGCUGGGACCGCGGACGGCCAAGACCGGGGGGGCAGGGUGGCCAGGAGAGGCGCGGGAGGGAGUCACGGGGGCAGGAAGAGUAACAGGGGAGGAGGAGGAGGAGGAGGAGGAGGAGGAGGUGGGGACAAGGGGCGAGAGGGAGGCCGCACUCCUGAUACAGACCUGUACCGGAAGGAGGAAAGCCUAGAGAAGGAGUGUGAGAGGGAGAGGAGGAAAGAGAGGAGGAGACGGAAGGAAAGCGCUGCGGUGGAGGAGCCCGCGGAGAUGGCAGUGGCGGCGACGGCGGCGGCGGCCUCGGCGGACAAAGCCGCCUUCUCCUUCCUCAUGCCGCUGGACACUGGCGCCUCCGACGCUGAGUCGCUCGCCGGCCUUUCGGAGGUCAGCGUGUCGGCCGCCAGCAUCUCGGGCGUGUCCCUGGCCGACGGGGCCGAGGCUGGGCACGAGGGGCCCCAGCGGAGCCUGCUGUCCCCCGGCCCAUGGCUCAAGCCCAGCCAGCAGAAACUCUCUCAGGUCCUGGAGAGCAGGAAGCUCUGGGGGGCGGGAGGGGGCUGUGGCUGCACUGAGCGGACUGGUGAAGCCUAGCCUAGCUUAGCUCACCCCCAGAACAUACUCUCUCUCUCUCUCUUUCUCUCUCUCUCUCUCUCUCUCUCUCAGUCUCUCACUUUUAUUGUCUCUUUACCUCUCUGUACAGGUAUUUAUUCCUUUCAUGAAUGCUUUUAUCAAAACUGAAUAACAGCACAGAGAAAGAAUUUAAGGUUGUGAUCUCAGAUCCUGAUGUUCAUGUACACUCUCUUUCCCUCUGUCACCUCUACACAUUUAUACUGUAACACCCUCUCUCUCUCUCUCUCUCUCUCUCUCUCUCUCUCUCUCUUUCUUCCUCUUUUUCUCUCUCUCUUGCAUGAACUCACUCUUACUUUCUCUCUGUUGCAGUGCUUUCUAAAAUCUCGUUCCCUAUCUCCAUUCCCAAUUAGUCAACUAUCAGCCCAUCCCAAUCUUCCAUUUCACACUAUUUAACAGUGAAACGCAUUCCUCAUUUUACAUAGGCAAAUGCUGUUAUAUUCAUCAUUCAUGAGCCAAGAUCAAACAAAAAUUAUGCAAAUUCAAAAAUAAGUCGCAUACAACUUUCCAGAUAUCACAAAGUGUGACAGAAUGAAGUAAUAUCGCCAUCUAGAGGAAAAGUAAGUGUACAGAGAAAAGACUGUCUCUCUUUUCACUCUGAAUUUAAAACUCAUGUAGCUCCCACUCACAACUUACUAAUAUUGAUAGUAUAUUAUCAUUAUUUUGCUUAUUUUGAAGCAUGGAUAGAUUUUAUAUUUCAUGUUAUUUUGGUCUAUGUUACAUUGUUUUAUUUUAUUGUUAACUGUGGAUACUAAAAAGAGAAAAUAUUUAUACCAUUUCUUAGCUGCUCGCUUGCUUUGGAUUGUAACCUUUGUUCCCCUGAAUGAAUAGAUGGAAAGUUCUAGAAGGCGAGGAGCAGAGAGUGAAAGUACUACUGUUAAAGAGGCUAGCGCACGGUCCCUAACCUCUACUGGUGCCUUUUGCUUCUUUAACUGGUGUUUACCAAAAAAACAACAACAACAACAUAAAAAGUGUAUAUCACAGCAAAUGUUAACCACAUUAUCAUAUGCUUUCGCUCUGACUUUGCAAGAUGAAAAAAAAAAACGCAUAGCCCAUUGCAAAUCCAGUGACAUGAAUGAGAAUACAUUACAAGUGCCUCAUGCGAUAGUCCUUUACAUGCCCAUCUCACUGACACUGAAGGGGGAGGGGGUGUUUCUGUUUCAUGCUCACGCAUUCGCAUCUCAUUUGCAAAAAAGACAAAAAAAAAAGACGACUCUAGCCCCAUUUCAGUUCCCCCACGCACGCCCAAAAAAUGAAAUUGAAAUCAAAAGAUCUGUUUCUUCUUUCAGCCCUCCUCUACUUCCCUGUCUGACUCCCUGUCACUGAAAUUUAAAGACAUACGAUGAGUUUCUUUGUUUGUUUUUUUGUCAGGGGACAACAAGGGCAUUUUGAUACUGGUCUUCUAUGCAUUUUGUAAGACUCACUGGUUUCAAUUGCGGUAGUGAUUUCUUUCGUUUUUGUAUACCAAGGCCUAGCUUGGUAUUAUUGUGUACAGUUCAAACACUUGGCAGGCAGAAUCAGAGUUUUGUAAAAUGUUCAAAUAUGGAAGACUUGAGGUCUGUGGUUAUCAGAUGUACUGUACCUACUUAUGCAUAGUAUGUUUACCUCGUCCCUCGGAGCAAUAAGAAGCCAUUUUCUCCUCUGUUUAGGGCAGUAUGCACCAUGUAGCUUCCUAGAAGCACUCUACAGUAUUUGGGACUAACAAUUUGAUCUGAGAGUACAGUGGAGAAGUGUGUAGCAUUUUGGAGCUUUUGUGUUCAAAACAUUUUUGUAGAUGGAGUCUUUCUCCAGCUUGAAUAAAUGUUGAAUUUGUAUUUGAGUACAGAGGACAAUGCACUAGUUACAUUGAACAAGCAUGUUUGUACUGUACAGAUGGAUGGAAUUCAUGUGAAUGUUUUGAGGGGAUGUAAUCAGAUAUACAGUAUAAAAGCCAGGGACCUAAUGUAGCAAAUUAUAUCCAAGAUUCUAUCAGAGCUAGAAGUAUUGUACAUAGCAAGAUAUCCCAGAGAUUUUACAUUUUACACCAGCACCAUAUAUUAAAGAAAUACAACUAAACUGCAGAAACUGUGUAGCACAGUCAAUACAAUAUCAAUAUUAUAAAAAAUAUAUAGUAUAUAGACAGUUCAGAUCACACAAGCUGAGAGACACUUAGUAUAAGUCACACAAUUCAGGCCGAGCUAGAUCACCCUUCAUGUACAGGUCAGGCUCAGAAUAUCCACGAUAGAAGCACUAAGUCUCAGUUCCACACCCAUCCUGAGUGAUGAUCCUUAGCUCAGCUUCCCAGAGACCCCCACCUUACUUUUGCUUCAAGUAGAUCCUCACCUCAGUGGCCAGUCCACAAGUCACAACAGCUUGAUGCGAUUCAUUUCGCAACUCUCCGCAAUGCCGAGUCAACCGCUCUGUCUGUAGUCUGAGUCCAACCGGUGACUCAGCAUAUCUGGGGGCCUUUGCCAACAGACUUUUGCCGCUUUCAAAACUGAACCUCAAGUCCUGGACUCAUUCAGAAGGGGCCGAGAUCUCGUAAAGCAUGCUUGCCAAAACAGAGAAAGUGGUUGCCAAUCAGAACUCUUCUUUUCCCCCUCUCAGUGGGCCCUUUAUAGUGGUUGUCACAGAUUCUCCAUCUGUGAUUAUGGUCUUUUGAGAGGAGCCAUAUUGAGCUUACUGAUAAUGUACUAAUAAUGCAAUUACAUUUUUUGAUACCAUGUCGUCGGAGAGUUGGGAACAGUGCUCUGUCGCGCUGCGCCUUUUUCAGUUAGUGAUUUGAUGAUGUCAAGGAUGAGCAUUGUUCUUUUUUUUUUCUAAAAAAGGAUGUCAAUGAUGUACAUUUACUCUUGUUCGACGAAAUCGACGAAAGUGCUCCAAAAGAAAAUGUGAACUUGAGUUUUUCCACCUGACUUGAAUUUGUCAUUAACAGCCUUGCAAGGAGUCAGCCAUUGUACAGAACAGUAAUCAGUGUGUUUCUUUUCAUAUGAAUAACGUGGUGCCAAGGCAUGAGGAUGCGAAGAAGCAGGGUCUUCCUGCAUAGAUUUUAGGACCUAAACGCAGGGGCGGAAAGCUUUUGUUUUUCUAAUUGCAUUUCGGGGGUAGUAACGGAGGUGGAAGAAACGAAAAAAAGCUGAUGGUUGCCUAGCAGAUUUUCUUGCCACCAGGUCUGGGAUCCUGUCCCCCCAGACAUAAAGCCACAUAAGUAGCCAUUGAUCUGACCUGUACUUUAUUGUCAGGGCAAUGGCUACAGCUGAGAGCCUGUGUAUAUAUACAGUAUAAAUACAUGUGACACGUAUUGGACAGAUGUACAGGUUUUUAUCAUUGCUCUUGUUAUGUAUGACAAUAUUGAUUUCUCUUUUUUUUUUUUUUUUUUUUUUUUUUCUUUUUGAAUGCAUCAACAGGGAGUUUGGAUCAAUGAAUUAUCAACUAUGACAUGCAGUUACUGAAAUAAAAAUGAUGAGAUCAAAA